AUGUCGGGAUACCCUUCCCGUCGCCCCGUCAGCCCGAUGGGCGGCUACUACGACGUUCGCGAAGUACGUCCGUCCGGCUACGAGCGCGAGCGAGACGCACAGAACCUGACUCGAUACGGUACUCCCAGAAGAGCCGACGACCAGCCAUCGAGGUAUAUCUCGGAGCGUAGACAGCCUGAGAGUCGCACUCGCCGAUACGAGGAAGACUACGGUGCGGCUGGCAUUGAUCUCUCCACCUUUGGCGGUGGACCAGGCUCGUCCUAUGGCGGUGGUCUAAGCUCUAGGGCUGGUAAUGCUUAUCCUUACAGCCCACCUCCUGCAUACUCCUCGCUACGCUCUAACGACAGCGUUUACGCGCCGCGCCGUUCGUCUCCUGUGCGCGAAGAUCGUUCAUCAUCACGUCGCACAGCUUACCCUAUGGCCGACCUGAGCUCCCUCUCAGGCGAAUCUAGGCCAUUCGAUUCUUUCGCACGACGCCCACCUCCUCGUCCCAGUCCAAUGGACGAGCUCGACCUCCUGGAUGCUGCGGCUCGUCGCUCCCGUCCCUCUACCCACCACCGCUCUCCACGCCGCUCACCUCUAGGCUCUGAUAUGCCAACGGCUGAGGAGUUCGCUGCUGUGAACUACGGUCGAGGAAACUACUAUCCAACUGGGCCAUACGAUGGCUCUCGGCAGCCGAGUUCCCGCUCGUACCGUUCUGAGCGUCGUCCACCUUGGUAA